AUGCAGUUUAUUCAAAGCCGCAGAAUUGAAAGAGAUCCGUUUGGUUUGUCAUCAUGGACAGUGGUUAAUGGUGAACUCAUGCAUGGACUACGACAAGCUGAGAAAGAGCUCAAUAUGCACACUAACAUGGGCAGCAGAGUUCUCGAUGAAGAAGGGUUUCUAGGAAGAUUUCCGCCUCCAGUCUAUUAUGAUGAAGACGGAAUUGCCAAUGUACUUGCUAUGCGCGAGAUGAUUGCUGCGGGAUACCGCAUUACCAUGGAUACUGAUUUUGACAAUGCCUUUGUUGU